ACCUUCAGCGCACGCGGUUCCUGUGUUGGUAAAGCCGGAUACCGGAAACAGUUAUUUUAAAGUGAUUUUAAUAUUUACGUUUUUAUCUGGAGUUUUUCAAAUGUCUGUCCUGGUAUCAGAUGAACGCGGCUGGCUGCUGGACGCAUGGUCUUUCAUAAACGAAGGAUUUCAGCGGUGUUACAGUGUGAACAAGGGACACUUGAGGUGCGAGUUCAAAAAGCAGUACUUUGCUAUAGUGAAGCCUCAUCUAGUGAGCAAGUCCAGGAAUGAUUGUGCUCAGACAAACACAGAGAGCCAGGCGGCUGCCAGAACCGGGAUAAACACACGAAAGAAGAGGAAGCGUCAACGGAGUGAGCUGAAUCAGGGGGAGUUAGAUGCUGAAGUGUACCAUAAAAAGGUCAGGUUGUUGGUUCUGGAGGGCAUUCGUUCUCUACUGGAAGCUGGGCAUCACUGUGGUUAUCUGACAGAAGAUUUACUUACAGUGCCAACUAAACAAAUGCCUGUUCAUGAGUGUCAGCUGGCUGCACUAUGUGACAUGGCCAAGCAGCUGCUGAAAAUGGAGAAUUCUGAUGCCCCAUAUGUACAGGCUGUUAAUGGCCAUGCAGACUUGGAUGCACACCUUGAUUUGUUCUCAUGCCUCACAGAAAAUCCAGAUGACUGUGCCCGUGAGGUAACCCUAAUGGGGGAGACAUAUUUCCUGCCUCCUCGCAGCCGUUUUCUGUUGUCUGACAUCACGUGUUUACAACCCCUUAUCUGCAGUGGAGACAAAUAUGACUUAAUUGUUAUUGAUCCACCGUGGGAAAAUAAAUCUGUGAAAAGAAGCAGUAGAUACAGUUUUCUGCCAUCCUCUCAACUCAAACAACUUCCUGUGUCAGUGUUGAGUGCAGCAGGAUGUAUGGUGGUUACUUGGGUAACCAACCGUCCCCGCCAUCUCCGGUUCAUCAGGGAGGAACUCUAUCCUCACUGGGGCGUGAAACUGCUUGCAGAGUGGUUCUGGGUGAAGGUGACCCGGAAAGGGGAGCUCGUUUUCCCCCUGGAUUCGCCACACAAGAAACCUUAUGAAGUGUUAUUACUUGGAAGGUUCUGUGAUAACAGUGACAGCACAGCUAGAUCUGAUGUGCGCGAGAUCCCAGAUCAACGGCUCAUAAUUAGCAUUCCCUCAGCACUGCACUCUCAGAAGCCAGCUCUAUCAGCUGUGCUGAAGCCAUACAUUAGGCCUCAUGCUAAGUGUCUGGAAAUGUUUGCUCGAAGUCUCCAGCCUGAUUGGACAAGCUGGGGAAACGAAGUCAUCAAAUUCCAACACCACAGCUAUUUUACCACUGAGAGUAGUGUGUGUGCAUGUGACACAUUUACGCAUACUACAGAUGCAGAUCAACAGGUAGAUACUAGACAUAUGGAGAAAUCUGCCUGUCUGUGAACCGAAGAACAAUUUUAGAAACAUAAAUCACGUAAUAUUUAUUUUUUUCGUAAUGGAAAACAGCAUUUGAUAUUAAACAAGUUUUGUACAAUA